AACGUCCUUGGGACCGUUUUACCUUGGGGGGAAGUUGUGGCGCCCCCUGGCGGCCCUACCGGAGGCUCGCGGAGCCGCUGCCCGCCCGUCCUGCCUCCUGGCCUCCAUCCCUGACCCCAUCCCUGCUUCCCGGCCCCUGUCCCUACCUCCGUCCGGCCUCCAUCCCGGCUUCCGUCCCUAACCCCAUUCCUGCCUCCAGGCCAUUAUCCCUACCUCCGUCCUGCCUCCCGGCCUCCAUCCCUGCCUCCUGGCCUGUCUCCCGGCCACUAUCCCUGCCUGCCUACUCUCCUCCCUCCCUCCCAGCCUCUCAGCAUCCUUUCCUGUAGCAGUUGUUACUAUCCGCCCUCCUCCCUCCCCGUUUCCCAUCCGCUCCCGUUGCAGUCGCGGCGUGCCCGGCCGGGGGCAGGGCAGGCCCGGCCAUGCUGCCCUCCUUCAGUUACCUGACCGAACACACCGGCUUCCGCGGCACCAUCAAAAACUCCCCCGCCGACUUCGUAGUGACAGAAAUAGAGGUGCCCGAACGCUUCCUUGGGGACAGCGGGGCUGAACUGCCGGAGCAAAGCGCCCCGUGCUCCCCCCAGCCCAAACAGCGAAGAGCGGAGGCCCCCGGCCCGGGUGCCCCCCUGUGUCCCCGGGGGGCUGCGCCCGGGACCCCGGAGCGCGACCCGGGCCGGGCAGGGGGCGGCUGUGCUGCAUUCUCUGGCGAGAAACAGCGUGAGGGAGCACCUGAGCCGAAAUCCGGCCUCGAGGAAGCCAAACUGGAGUCCUUACUCGGCAAACCCAUGAGCGAACUGCUCAAUAAGUUUGCUUGCGAUCUGAAGGAAGCGUGGGGCUUGGAAAAUAAUCCGAGUGCUGGCACUAGGGAGCUCUCGCUAGGACCCAGGUUGGACAAGAAAAGUCGGGCUGAUUUACACAGUGCUGUUAGGCAGACAUUCCCCUUUUUAGUCACUGUUACAAAAGACAAUGAAAUGAUUGUAAGAGGAAAUGCUGAUUACAGAGAACUUUGUCAGUUAGUGACCGAAAAGGAAACAAGUGAUUUCUUUAAAUUUUUAGAUGCAAAGCUAGAAAAUUCGACGUUUUCUUUUGAGCCUGAUGGAAACAAAGAGCACAGAAAAGUAGUUCACCAUUUUCUCAAUAGAAAAUUCGGAAAACUUUUAGAAACAAAGUCUUUUACUGUGACAGAUGUCAAUGAUCAGCCAAAUAUGUCAAUAACGGUACGGUUUCGAGAAAAAUGUGGGUCCAGAAAAAGGUCUGCUGGUGGUUCACAGGAAAAACAAGAUGUUUAUACAGCUUUCACCCUUCAGAAAGAAAAUCUAGAAACACUAGAAGCAAUUGGCUUGUUGGCAGCAGAACUCGAUGUUCUUCCUUCAGACUUCAGUUACACUGGCAUCAAAGAUAAGAAGGCUAUCACUUUCCAACCUAUGGUUGUGAAGAAGGUGACUCCUGAGAGGCUGAAAGAAAUUGGAAACAAAAUGGAAAAAAAGGGCAUGAGAAUAUACAACAUACGUUCAACGUACCAGCACCUCAGGCUCGGUCAGCUGAAAGGCAAUCACUUUGACAUAAUUGUGAGAGAUCUCCAAAAGCACAGUCAUGACCCUUCUGCAGAUUUAAAAAAAAGAAUAUCUGAAGCAAUGGAAAAUGUUGAGACAAAAGGUUUUGUAAAUUACUACGGACCUCAGCGGUUUGGACAAGGACAAAUUGUUCAGACAGAUCAAAUAGGAUUGGCUUUACUGAGUGGAAAAAUGGUGGAAGCUGUGAAGUUGUUCUUCACACCUGAGGAUACUGAUGAUCCUGUAAACAAUGCAAAAAGAUACUUUCUUCAAACUGAAGAUGCAAAGGGCACGCUCGUGAUGCUGCCAGAAUUUAAAGUAAGAGAGAAGAUGUUGCUACGAGCUUUAAAUCGCUAUGGUGUAAAUCAUGAAGGCUGUACCAAAGGAUGGCUCAACAUUCCUCAUUCCUUGCGCAUAUUCUAUGUCCACGCUUAUUGCAGUAAAAUUUGGAAUGAAGCAGCAUCGUAUAGACUGAAGAUUUAUGGCUUAAAAGCAGUUGAGGGUGAUCUUGUCCUCUCAGAAGAAAAUGAUGAAAGCAUUUCCCUAAAUGACAAGGUUCAUGUAGUCACUGCUUCAGAAGAGUCAGCUAGAAAGUAUUCUAUAUACCAGGUGGUUCUUCCAAUGGUGGGCCAUAGUAUCAAGUAUCCCAGUAAUAAAGUUGGAGAGUGGUACCAUGAAAGACUUUCUAAGGAUGAACUGGAAAUGUGCAAAUUCAGAGUGUCACCAUUACAGCUGAAUAUACCUGGAUGCUACCGACUCAUUUUGAAAAAUGUUCAGAAUCUGUCAUAUUUUUUGGAAGGUGGUGAAAAAGGGAUCAAAAUUGAGGACAGCCAUCUGAAUGAUUUAAAAGUCUCUCUUCACAUAUCAUUUGACCUUGAUCCUUCAUGUUAUGCAACGGUCUGUCUGAGAGAAAUAAUGAAAUGUGACUUUUAAGAUUCCACUUAAUGAAAGAUUGCAGGAAUAUUGUACAAUGUUUAUAUUUUAUGUGUAAUGCCAAGAACAUAAGGGAGAAUAACAGGUUCAAAUCAUGAACAGGAAAAAAUUGUAGUUUGAGAUUCAUACAGAUUAGGAAAAAAACUCACGCAAAUCCUUUGGAAUACUCAAAAAACUAUCCAAACUCUAAAUGCAAAGCCUUGAAAGCAUUGGAGUAAAGCUGUAUGUUAUAUCAGGCAGGUCUAAUAGAACUUAAAGAAACCAUGGGCAGCUAGCAUGAAUUUCCUCUUUGCAUAGAUAUCUGACUUGCAGAGUUAAAUCCUGGAAAAGUAUUUGCAGCAAACAAAUGUAUCUUGUUUUUCAUAGUAUUUUUCUUUAAUGUUUUAUACUAAAUGCUGUUCAAGCAAUAAUGUUAGAAGUUUGCAGCCUACAGGUAUCUAACUGAAAAGUUAUUGUACUGAGGUUCGCUAAAUAUAUUGUAUUUUCAUUUUAUUUAGGCACUUAAUGUUAAAAGGUAAAAGUCCUUAGUCAACAGUGACAAGUCAUCUGUUGCUUUAUCAGGCAUUCAAUGAAUUUCCCAACUUAAGUCAAUAUUAAGGAUUCCAGGAUUAAGUAGUGCAUAGUUGUUAAUGCCUUUUCCAGUAAGCUCCUCAAGAUGAGGUGAGUACUUAACAUCACUGAAAAACCAGUAAUAAUAAAACCAAAACUAUGUUAUAUUGUUUACAGGAUAAAGAGUCUAUUCCUGUUACUGUGAAGCAUUAUGGUAGCACAAAAAAUAUUAAUUGAACCAACUGUGGGAUAAAAAAGCUUUUCUUUCUUGAUUAAAAAUAAAAGGCCGUUAACUGUGAUAAAAA